GCGAGCAGGGGUGGACUGACCAUUUGGAAACUCGGGCACUGCCCGAGGGCCCCGGGGUCAGUAGGGGGCCCCAUGAGAUGCCCCUGGUACCUUUUUCAUAGGCUUUUUUUGAGUUUGGGCAAGGAGACAGGGGCCCCAUGAUCCCCUAUUGCCCGGUGGCCCCACGAGUUGUCAGUCGGCCCCUGCUCGCGAGUCACUGUGAGUGGGUGGCAGCUGCAGGCUUGGCUAACGUAAAAAUAUGUUGCCAGGGCCCGGGGUCAGUAGGGGGCCCCAUAAGAUGCCCCUGGUACCUUUUUCAUAGGCUUUUUUGAGUUUGGGCAAGGACACAGGGGCCCCAUGAUCCCCUAUUGCCCGGGGGCCCCAU